UGUUGUUGUUCUUGCUGUUGUUUCAGUUGCAAUGGUAAUCAUAGAAUCCUCCUCGCCUUGUUUGUUUCUUGUAUUGCGGCCACUGUUGUCUUGGUUGUUUCGCUUGUGAUACAGAAAGAUUUCCAUCCUACACCUGCCAUUAAACCUGUAAUCAAUCAACUUGGAAAUUCCCCUCCAGUUGAACCAUCUACAGCAGCUACAGACACCAAAAGAUGGAAUGUGAUCAUUUUAACACACAUGAGUUCUGGCUCAACCUUCACUGGGAACUUAUUUAACCUGCAUCCGGAUGUGUUCUAUCUGUAUGAACCCCUGAAUAACUUAAGGAGAGAUGUUUAUGGGAACGAGUGGAAUCCGUUAGAUGAAGCAACUAAUGAUGUCUACAAAUCUGAUUUUUCAACUCUGUUUCGUGACGUUUUUGACUGCGGAUUUCGAGAAGACGCUACAUUGAAAAGAGCAAUUCCUCCAUCCGUGAGGAGUUUAAAGAGGCUAACUUAUUGGCGGUUUUCUAGUCCAGAAUUCACCAAAGAGACAGUCAGUAAUGCUUGCAAAGCUAAGAAAUUAACCGUGGCGAAAGUCAUGCAAACUCGACUGCCACGAAACAUUGGAAUACAAGAACUCCAGAGGGUCUGCAGUGCGGACCCAGCUAGAUUUGACUGUUUGAUAAUACAUCUGGUGAGGGAUCCGCGUGCUGUGGUGUCGUCCCUGCUGGGCCGUAAGUUCUUCAUUAUGGGAGGACCUAAGAAAAAACUGCUUUCUUCAAGUCCUUUAACCACGGAAGGAAGGGAACUAGUAAUGCAACUCGCAGAGUUAAUGUGCUCGCAAGUUUCCAACAAUAUAAACUACGCUAAGGAAAACUGGUUAAACUGGUUUAAAGGCCGAUACAAGGUGAUCCGUUAUGAAGACAUUGUAGGUAAUGCUGCAAACACGUCGAACGAGUUGUACAAGUUUGUUGGCCUCUCCAUGGUUGACUCGAUAUAUAAGUGGAUUGUGGAAGGUGAAACGCCUGUAGGAACCGGCGCAGCAACCUUUACUGUAUCGGGAAAUGAUGUUAACAGGAUAGGUCAUUGGAGAUUCGACCGAGACUUCCCGCUAGUGUCCUUGUUUGAGGAGGCCUGUGCGCCACUGAUGAAACUAACCGGGUAUAUUUUUGUCAACGGAUCAGAACAGCUUCAGCACGACCUUAGCAAACCACUUCUAACUAAGGAGAUACCGAUUCUAAAAGACCUUCCAUUGUAAAAAUUAACAACAGCGUAAAUUAUUUAGUCUAUUUAUGUUAUCAAAAAAGCAUAAAUUAAACCCUUGCGUGACAGAAACUCCUAAACUUUACGUGACACAAAGUUCUAAAAUUAACAUUACGAAAAUACAGAGAAAAAAACCGCGCAUGCAAAUAAACUUUAAAUUUAGCGUGUUAUUCAAUAACGAACGUCUUUUUAAAGCAAAGAAAAUCUCUCAGUAUUAAAUUAGCGGAGCUCCGGUGGGCCGCAAGCGACGGACCAUAACUAUAGGAACAGGACCACAGGCACGAGGAGGGUUGGGAGAAUUCGAAAGGGUUAUGCAAACCGUCGACUAUGUCUCGGGUUUGCAUAACUUUCGAGAAUCCUCUCAGCCCCCCGAGUGUUUAGAUGAGGC